AUGUCAGGAUUUACUGGACCUACACUGCUGCCUGUGCCAGUGAAGGAGAUAAAAGAAGAAGAGUUUGAUGAUUUCCUUCAAGAGUAUCUGUCUACAGUUCAGAAGGAGAACCCUGGAACAGAUCAUGUAUGCAAGACUGAAACAAACAUGUCAGACAUCAUGGACAUUAAAGAGGAGGAAGAGGCUGAUGUAAGAGAGCAUGGUCAGAAAGACUCUUCUCCUACUGAAAUCAACACAGAUGGGAUGAGAUGUGCUGGGGAGAAGGAACAUCAUCGUAAAAAACAUGGAAAGAGCUUUCGUAAGAGCAAUCACCUGAAGGCACAACAGACCACCCACACAAGAGAAAAGUCAUAUCAGUGCAGAGUAUGUGGGAAGAGUUUCAGUGAGAGUUUGGGUCUCUCCAUGCAUCAGUUGACACAUAAUGGAGAAAAGCUCUACCCAUGUCCUCAGUGUGAAAAGACUUUCACUAGGAUGUAUGAUCUUAAGACUCACCAGAGGAUCCAUACUGGAGAAAAGCCAUUUCAGUGCACUGACUGUGGAAAGACUUUUAGUCAAACAUGUAGCCUCAAGGCACACCAGAGUAUCCAUACUGGAGAAAAGCCAUAUCAGUGCACUACAUGUGGGAAGAGAUUCAGGGUCAGAAGGAAUCUCAUUAUACAUCAGCGCACACAUACAGGAGAAAAGCCAUAUCAGUGCACUAACUGUGGGAAGGGUUUUACUCAUAUGAGCAGUCUCAAGGCACACCAGAGAAUCCACACAGGAGAAAAGCCAUAUCAGUGCACUGACUGUGGAAAGGGUUUUAUUCAAAAGAGCCAUCUCAAGGCACACCAGAGUAUCCAUACUGGAGAAAAGCCAUAUCAGUGCACUACAUGUGGGAAAAGUUUCAAGACUAAGACAGAGGUCACCGUCCAUCAGCGCACACAUACAGGAGAAAAGCCAUAUCAGUGCACUGACUGCGGAAAGGGUUUUAGUCAAAGGGGCAAUCUCAAGGCACACCAGAAUAUCCACACAGGAGAAAAGCCAUAUCAGUGCACUGACUGCGGAAAGGGUUUUAGUGAAAUGGGCAGUCUCAAGAAACACCAGCUUGUCCACACAGGAGAAAAGCAUUAUCCGUGCACUGACUGUGUAAAGGUUUUUAGACGAAUGAGCCAUCUCAGAAGACACCAGAGUAUCCACACAGGAGAAAAGCCAUAUCAGUGCACUGACUGUGGAAAGGCUUUCGGACAAAUGAGCAAUCUCAAGAAACACCAGACUCGCACACAUACAGGAGAAAAGCCAUAUCAGUGCACUGACUGUGGAAAGGGUUUUAGUCGAAUUAGCAAUCUCAAGAGACACCAGAUGAUCCAUACACCUUAG